AUGACUGAUAAAUUCUGCCUGUCGGGGGUGCAAUGUGGUAGGAACGUGUCUGACAGUGAACCAGCGGACUACCGGCUGAAAGAAGGAGGAGUGAAGGUUCAGCAGGAACUAGAGAAGUUCAGGGAGAAACUGCUGCAACAUGAGGCACACGGCAAACUGAGGGCGGUGUUUGCCAAAAAUCCUGGCGACGCUAUUCUCAAGGGUGCCGACGAAGAAGCAGCAGACGUCAUAGUGAUUGGGUGUCAUGACAGAGGUACAAUCAUUCGCACAAUCGUUGGCACCGUCAGCGACUACAUUGUUCAGCAUGCCACUGUACCG